UUAGGUUCCCCCUUAAUUAUUUAAAAUUUUUGUUUUCUAAACUUGCAAUAUUUCAAAGCUAAUAUAGUGAGAAAAUACCAGGCUAACGAAUCUGUCGGUGGUUGUACCCUAACGUUGGUAUACUGCGGAAAAAUCCUGCGAAAUAUUACAGAAAGGAAAUAUGAUAUCCUCCAUAAAGCCGAGAAAAUUUAUUAUACAGGAGAAAAGGCACAGGAUGGCCCUAUGGCAGAACUCUGGAUUCCGGAACUGAGGAGCCGUGUUCGAAUUCACUGGGGAAGCCUUGCUGUUCGAUCUGAUUAUCUUUGUCACCGUUUAAGAAUGGAUGCUCUGAGUACUAUAUCGACCGAUGGUCAGCGGUUUGCUGUAUUAAGCUACGAACAGGUCAAGCGACUUCACGACAUUAUGGACGAGGUAGUACCCAUUCACGGAAGAGGCAACUUUCCCACUCUGGAAAUAAAGCUGAAAGAUCUCGUGCGGGUUGUUCGGGCCAAGCUGGAACAAGAUGCUGUACACGUGAAAGAUAUAAGGCUUAAUGGUGGGGCAGCAAGUUAUGUACUAAGCCCUGAAAAUUCCUCUUAUAACGAUCUGGAUUUGAUUUUUGCCGUUGAACUGUCAACUCAGCGAGAUUAUGAGAGAGUAAAAGGAGCUGUAUUAGAUUCGUUACUUGAUUUCCUACCAGAAGGAGUUAGUAAAACUCGAAUAAGCAGUUGCAGUUUGAAAGAAGCAUACGUUCACAAAAUGGUUAAAGUUGCGGAUAGUGACCGUUGGAGCCUAAUAUCUCUUAGUAACAACAGAGGGCGGAAUAUGGAACUUAAGUUUGUUACUUACAUGAAGCGGCAGUUUGAGUUUAGCGUAGAUUCCUUCCAGAUUAUACUGGACUCCCUGUUGUUAUUCUACGAUUGCGCCCAAAUGCCAAUGGGUGAUACUUUCUAUCCUACCAUUGUUGCAGAAAGCGUUUACGGAGAUUUCCAGGAAGCUCUUUACCAUCUUCACAAGAAAUUAAUUUCUACUCGCAAUCCAGAAGAAAUCCGUGGUGGAGGGUUACUGAAAUACUGUAACCUUCUUGUUCGAGAUUACAAACCUGCAUUGCCAGAAGACAUAAAGUCCCUGGAAAGGUACAUGUGUUCGAGGUUUUUUAUAGAUUUCAGCGACGUUGGGCAACAGCAAAAUAAACUCGAGAGCUACCUUGCGAAUCACUUCAUCGGUGACGACCAUAAUAAAUAUGACUAUUUGAUGAUCCUACACAGGGUUGUGGACGAGAGUACGGUGUGUCUCAUGGGGCAUGAGCGGCGACAAACUCUGACAUUGAUCGAACAAUUGGCCUACCAAGUGUACGUUCAAGAACAGAGCCUGGCGUUAGCCAAAACACAACUUUCUCCAUACGACUUGACAUCCCCCGGCCAUCAAAUUGUGUUUGGUAACGGCUUCUUUUUCUCACCAUAUGUUCCCACUUGCUACCCAUGUGGGUGGUUGCCCUGUGCGUGAUCUUCCACUGGGGAAGUUCCGGUAAGAUGAAAAUGUGAUUCUGUGAUGAUUGAUCCUUUUGACAGAAUGUAGAAAUUUUCUGUAGAAAGUGGAGGUUUUCUUUGCCAAGUUAACGAUUUGCACGGUGUCGGAUUCUGAUUAUUUAAAAAUCGAUAUUUUAUACCAUAUGGGUAAAAAGCUAAGCUAGAGGGUUGUUUCCAUCAUUUCUAGGAGAUUUUUAACCACGUAAGUAAAAGGGGAUUAAUUCAUAAUUCCAUUCAUAAAAAAAGCAAAAAAAAACAAAAAAAAACGCUGGUUUUAUUUUAUUUUUAAGCGCCUAGUUUGUGAAAACGUUGUGAGCUGUCAAGUACGAUAUUUAUGCAAACAGAUUAGGCCUAAAACAAUAAUGCAAUGAGUAUCCGACUAAAGUUGGUAAUUUUUGUUGGUAACAUAUUAUUCUCCAAGUUUAAAAACAAUCGCUUCGUUAAUUUGGAUGCUUCAGGACAGACAGCAAAAAGAGUUGGUUAGAAUUUUGAAAAGGAAGGAUGUAUAAUUAUUCUAGCUUUACAGUUUAUUCGUUGAAUUAGGCGGCUCUCGAACUUAGUAGUAGAACUAGAAGUUAAAGUGGAGUAUGUGUAUUCGUUGAUCUUUGACUUUGAGUGAAAUUGGCCAAGACCUUGAAUUCAUUGUUUUGUUAUAUUUUAACUGCAUUUUCCUAAUAACUGUGUGUUUAAUAAUAUCCAUAUUAUAGUUCUUUAUUUUUUAUGAUCAGUCAUUAUUGAAGCUUGUUAUUUA